AACACGCAUUUCAGUGACGAUGAGCUGCUUCCUGUCUUCCCGAGUCAUACACGGGGUGUCGGGAUGAGCUAGCUGGAUGAACACCUACGAGAGUCAUGGCCGAUUUGAACAGGCAGCUGCAGGAGUAUUUGGCUCAGUCCAAAAGCGGCGCAAAGGCAGGAUCGCAGCCGAGCUCAAGUACUGCCAUCGAUAUCGGCGAGACGAGCUCAGUAAACGGAAGCUGGUUCGGUCGCUGGUCUAGCUCUUUCUCGGGGACUGCCAACAACAGUGCGGGCCAAGGGUCGAGCAGCGGCGUUUCCUGGCCAUGGUCCUCCGAGCCAGAUGCCUGCCUGCCCGGCAUGAGCCGCUCGCAGAGGCUGGUCGCCUUUGGAGUCUGCAUUGCGAUUUCUGUGCUGUGCUUCGGAUUGUCUGCUCUGUACGCCCCGUUGCUGCUGCUCAAGGCCCGCAAGUUCGCUCUGCUCUGGUCCCUCGGAUCUGUUUUUGCUCUGUUGGGGGCGGGGAUACUGCGGGGACCCAGCAAACUUCUCACGACCCCGUCCCCCGGUGCUGCCUUGUACCUGUGCUCUCUCACGGGCACUCUGUACGCGGCGCUCAGUCUCCACAGCACGGCGCUCACCGCGCUCGGGGCUGUGGUGCAGGUCGCUGCCAUAGCUGGGUACAUUAUUGCCCUGCUCCCAGGAGGGACCGCAGGGAUGAAGUUCCUUGGUAGCAUGGCAGCGUCAGCCAUCAAGCGAACUGUUUCAUCGAAGACCAUGCCCAUCUGACUCCCGACAGCAGACUGGAAGGCACAGAUGCUGGGGACAAAUCGUACGCCCGACAGAAUCUUUUAAUUUAAAAAAUGCCAAAUGAGAUGUAGAACAGUCUCCCUGGAUUCUUGAACUAGGCUUUCAAGCAUACGGUAUUGUGCUUUGUUCCACUACUUGUGAAUCGGGUAUUAAAAUGGUUAAAUGAGGGACUUUCCUAGGCGACAUCAAAGCGCCCCUCAGUAAGGAUAUAGGGUCUUCUUCGGUGAAGGAAUGAAUAUGCUGUGGCAAUUGUGGAUGAUGUGAAAAGCUGGGAUGGAUAAAAGCAGUUUUUCUCACAGCGAAAAGAAAUCCAACCCGGAUCCAGGUGAAGCAAACGGCCCGAGUACGGGCCGUUCACUGACAGAUUAUGGAGUGUUUGAUUAACAUGUUAUGAGCGAUGGGAGAUCUGUGAAUUUAUUAAUCACAUUAGGGACACAGCUGCAUCUCAGCUAGGGCUGUUGUCUUUAGCAUAGACCAUGAAAACUGGGUUUAGAACUGAAAAAAGAGACCAAAUGUAACUGCUUAUUUCGCCCAAAACAAUUGUAUUAACCACUGUUUUAUUUUUGUCACUCUUCAGUUCAGAUUCUUAUGUGAACCUGUUUUACUGUCUUGUUGCUAGCUAGUGGCUCACUGGUGUGAAAAGCUUACAAUUUUAUGCAAUUGUUCAUUCCUUAUCAACUAAAAUAAACUAUAAAUGUAAAAAUAU